ACCACUUCAUUUACUCGGCGUUAACUCGUAAACAACAGCGACACGGCUGCCCAAACCCAGUCGAUAACAAUUGCGGAUAUCGGGGGCGAGGUCUGGGCGACCUCCCAUGUGCGGAGAGGAGCCAGAAUCAGAAUGUGUAUACUGCAGGAGGAAUCUGAUGAGCUCCCAAGCUCUUUGCAUACAGGUGUAACAGCAACAGCAUCGGGGGUGGGAUGUGUGGCCUCGCCCUGGAGUGGCGCUGUAGCGGCAGCUGCCCCCGCUCUUGUCGUCUGUCUCUGCCAGCAACUCGCUCCGGUAUCGCCCCCUUCAAGGUUUGAGGGGGCUGGUGCGCAGCGGCCUCGGAGAGAGAUUCUGAAGAGACGGGAGACAUGCCGACGAUGGGAGACGCUGCGAAGACUAAAGAUGCCUGCGAGGUCACGGACGCCGAGGUGCGGGAGACGGAGGGAAAUGCAAUGGAGGUGGUGGCGGAGACGGACGCUGAGGUUGGGGAAGUGAAAGAAGGCGACCAGGCUGGAGCGACGAUGGGGCUGGAGGAGGUGGGAGAGCCGAAGGCGUGGAGCGAGCUGUCCCCGCUGCGCUGGCAGGAGCUGCUGCACAAGCACGUGCGCGUGUGUGCGGACGAGGGCGUGCAGCUAGAGGGCUGGGUCUACACCGUGGACCCCGUCUCGGCCAGCAUCAUGCUCGUGACCCGGCCGUCGCCGGGGAGCCCCGAGCUGACCCUGUGCACGGUGAUGGGCCACGCCGUGCGCUCCGUGGUCGAGACUCUGCCUCCGGGGGGCGACACGGCGGCGGCGACGUCCGAGUGCCCGUCGAUGCUCUUCCGGCCCGCCGCGCACCACCAGCCCUCGUUGGGUGCCGAGGAGGUGGCGUCGCGCCGGCAGGCGCUGCUCGUGUGGCUCCGGCGGAACCACGUGCCGGUGGAGGAGCGAGGCGAUGAGCUGCUCGUGGCCGGCGGCGCGCUGAGCGUGGCGCCGCCAUAUGGCUCCGACGACUGCAGCAGCGCCAACGAGAUCAUCCUGGAGAGGGUGCGCCGCCUGGUGCAGGCCCGGCUGUCCGAGGGCUGCGAGCCUGAGACCAACCCCGCCUAGCGCCAAGCGUGUGUGCCCGCACGGCUCCGAGCUGGACGUUUCAAGCGUAUGGCGCGCAUGGAACUUUAUGAUGCGCAAGUGUGGGGUGCACAAGUGUGCGACGCACAAGUGUGUGAUACACAGAUGUGUGAUACACAGGUGUGUUGUGCGAAACUGAACCAUGCACUGCAAUGAUGUACAAGUUUUUAAAAAAUACUACUUUCACGGUGUAAAAAUUCAUAACUGUCCAUAAUGAACGGUUCAUUUUUUGGUCUCGCAAAAGGGAAAUGGAACACUCUCAACAUCGAUACAAACAUAAUGCAAGCUUUCAUUGUAAACUAUGCAAUGGUAUUAGAACGUGCUGUUUGUUUAACCGGUUACAAAGUGCUGACUGUAAUUCUAAAUUGAUUUAAUGUAAAAUUAAAUGUGAACAAUUACAUGACUAUUUUUCGAUUUAAAGCUUUCGUGACUGCAGGGAUUCAUCUUCUUGGUUCUUUCGGUAAAGUCACAUAGAAUGGAAAUAAUAAAAUAAUAAAAUACUACAUAAUAAAAUAAUCAUUCUGACUGUCUUCUCGACAGACCUGUUCUUCACCUGAGGACGGCUGCUUGCGUUGUGACCGAAACGUCGUGAGAAUUAUUUUAUUAUGUUUUAUUUUAUUAUUUUAUUAUUUCCAUUCUACGUGACUUUACCGAAAGAACCAAGAAGAUACAUGACUAUUGUGGCCAAACAAAACAGUGUUUCUCCCCUAUGGUUGAUUCUAGAGUGAUUCUAGAGUGAAAACAUUCAGCAGUCCUAAACAACCUCUUCAGUGUGUUGUGUAGCACACGCUGCCAUCCCAAAGGACAUUCACAUCGGUGGUCAGUAACCAAAUCUCAUCGAUCUCAACGCACGCGUAGCACAUUGAUACAGCAGACGAUGUGUCCGUCAUGUAGGAGAUGCACAGUACUCUUUGUAUGGAGAAGUGGGGAGGG